AUGAGCCGGGGGGGGAGGGACCGGACCCCCCCCGGGACCGAACCGGCACCAGAACCGGGACCGGCACCGGGACCGGCACCGGGACCCCCCCCCGGGGCCGAGCGGGGCGGGCAGCGCGUGCGGGGCCGGGUCCUGGCGGCCUGGAACAGCGUUAAAUACGGCUGGACGCUGCGCCCCCGGCCCCAUUUCAGCCCGCGGGACCCCCUGCACCUGCUGGGGAGGGUCUACGAGCCGGGGAACGGGGAGGAGCUGGCUCGGUUCCGCUGGGAUUUCUGCUCCCGCCUGUGGCUCACGAACCGCAGGGGUCUGGGGGCUGUCUCAGGGUCUGGGGGCUCUCUCUGGGUCUGGGGGCUCUCUCUGGGUCUGGGGGCUGUCCCGGGGCUGUGGGUCUGGGGGCUCUCUGUGGGUCUGGGGUCCAUCCCGGGGGUCUCUCACAGCCCCUCUCCCCCAGAGGAGCUGGCUCGGUUCCGCUGGGAUUUCUGCUCCCGCCUGUGGCUCACGUACCGCAGGGGUCUGGGGGCUGUCCCUGGGUCUGGGGGCUGUCCCUGGGUCUGGGGGCUCUCUGUGGGUCUGGGGUCCAUCCCGGGGGUCUCUCACAUCCCUCUCCCCCCAGAGGAGCUGGCUCGGUUCCGCUGGGAUUUCUGCUCCCGCCUGUGGCUCACGUACCGCCGCGGAUUCCCCGCCCUGCCCGGACCCCGGACCCCCCGGACCACCGACUGCGGCUGGGGCUGCACCCUGCGCAGUGCCCAAAUGCUGCUGGGCCAGGGGCUGCUGCUGCACCUGCUGGGCCGGGACUGGCUGUGGCCGGGGGCGCUGCUGGAGCUGGAACCGGGGGGGUCCCGCCGGAGCCGCGACCCCCCAGGACGGGCACGACCCCCCCGGGAUGGACACGGGACCCCCAGGACGGGCACCGGGACCCCCCAGGACGGGCACCGGGACCCCCAGAACGGGCACUGGGACCCCCGGGCGGCCGCGGGACCCCCGGGGAUGUUCCCAGGACAGCCCAGGAUGGACGAGACCCCCCAGAAUGGGCAGGGACCCCCGAGGGUGGGCUCGGGACCCCCGAGGAUGGACUCGGGAACCCCCCAGGAUGGGCAUGGAGUCCUCAAGAGGGACUCGGACCCCUUGGGACAACCCCGAGACCCCUCAGGAUGGGUCCAGGACCCCUCGGGACGCCCCCAGGACCCCUCGGGACGACCCCAGGACCCCUCAGGACGGGCCCAGGACCCCUGGGACGGGCCCAAGACCUCCCGGGACGGGCUCAGGACCCCCUGGGACAGCUCCAGGACCCCCGGGACGCCCCCAAGACCCCCCGGGACAGCCCCGGGACCCCCCGGGACACCCCCAGGACUCCUCGGGACAACCCCGGGACCCCUCGGACAACCCCGGGACCCCCUGGGACAGCUCCAGGACCCCUCAGGAUGGGCCCAGGACCCCUCGGGACAGCCCCGGACCCCCCGGGACGCCCCCAAGACCUCUCGGGACGCCCCCAGGACCUCUCGGACAACCCCAGGGCCCCCUGAAACAGACCCCUCGGGACGCCCCCAGGACCCCCCGGGACAACCCCGGGACCCCUCGGGACAGCCCCGGGACCCCUCAGGAUGGGCCGGGACCCCCUGGAACAACCCCAGGACCCCCCGGGACACCUCCAGGACCCCUCAGGACGCCCCCAGGACCCCCCACCGAACUCAGCCCCUGCCAGGCGCCCCCCGAGCCCCCCGGGACACGGAGCGGUGGCACCGAGCCAUCGUGUCCUGGUUCUCCGACCACCCCCGCGCCCCGUUCGGGAUCCACCGGCUCGUGGAGCUGGGCCGGGAAUUCGGUAAAAAAGCCGGGGACUGGUUCGGCCCGGCCAUCGCCGCCCACCUGCUGCGGGGGGCCGUGGAAUCGUGCACCGAGACCCCCGGGCUCGCCGUCUACGUGGCUCAGGAUUGCACCGUUUACAAAGGGGACGUGGCCAGGUUGGUGCGGGGCGACUCUGACGGGGGGACAGCGGGACCGGAACACCGGGAUCACCGGGAGCACCGGGAUCAGGGAUUGGGAUCACCGGGGCAGCGCCGUGGGCUCGUCCUGCUGGUACCGGCGCGGUUGGGGGGAGAGAACCUGAACCCCGUGUACGUGGAGUGUGUCAAGGAGCUGCUGCAGCUCCGCUCCUGUCUCGGCAUCAUCGGGGAACCGCGGCACUCGCUCUUCUUCCUCGGCUUCCAAGGUACCGAUCCGGUGAUUCCCUGCCUACCUGGCCCGCAUCUCUGCCAACCCUGCGUGGACACAACUCGGGAGAAUUUCCCCCUCCAGGUGCUGACCCCUCCCUCGGGUGGGGAGCGUUAUCCCAUCUUCACUUUGGCCGAGGGGCUCGCUCAGGAUCAGACCCUCGACCCUCCCCGGGAGGGUUCUGAUGAUUUCCCAGAAAUUCUGGAAUUUUCCCAGCAGGUUCUGGAGUUUUCCUGA